GCGAAAAUCUGUCAAACUCUCACUCAUCGGUGUUUAUCUGCCAUUAUUUUUUUUUGUGCAAACGGUUCGAAAUUGUGAAAUAUUUUUUAUUGUCUGUGGCUUUUAAGCAGAUUGAUCAACCACUUGAUAUAAGUUCAAAGUAAAUUAUAAAAUCAAUGUUUACUAUAUGGAAUUCAAAGCUGGUUGUUACAUUUGUACGUUCCACCAAACCGACAGUUGUAGCUAACUCUGCCGCCACCUCAAACGUUAGGAGAACAAUUGCAACGAAUUUGCGUCAACAACGAAGUAUGAGCCAGUCCGGAUCUCAUGAAUAUGAUUACGAUUUAAUUGUAAUUGGAGGUGGUUCCGGUGGCCUAGCGUGCGCAAAAGAAGCUGUUGCUAAUGGUGCUAAAGUUGCCUGCUUGGAUUUUGUCAAACCCACUCCUUUAGGUACCAAAUGGGGCAUUGGCGGAACUUGUGUAAAUGUUGGCUGCAUCCCCAAAAAACUUAUGCACCAAGCGUCACUGUUGGGAGAAUCCGUUCAUGAGGCUGCCGCUUAUGGCUGGGAAAUUCCUAACAAAGAGGCCAUAAAACCUGACUGGGAGAAAUUGGUGCAAUCUGUGCAGAAUCACAUUAAGUCCGUGAACUGGGUAACGCGUGUUGAUUUGCGGGACAAAAAAGUCGAAUACAUAAAUGGAUUGGGUUUCUUCAAGGAUCCCCAUACAGUUGUGGCGAAAUUGAAGAAUAACACCGAACGCACAAUUACGGCAAGCAAAAUUGUUAUUGCUGUCGGUGGUCGUCCUCGGUAUCCCGAUAUUCCUGGCGCUUUAGAAUAUGGCAUCACCAGUGAUGAUCUUUUCAGUUUGGAUAGAGCACCAGGCAAGACAUUGGUGGUUGGAGCUGGCUACAUUGGCCUAGAAUGUGCAGGUUUUCUGAAGGGUUUGGGUUAUGAGUCCACCGUUAUGGUUCGUUCCAUUGUGCUGCGCGGCUUUGACCAACAAAUGGCCAAUAUAGUUGCUGAUUCCAUGGUUGAACGUGGUAUACCCUUCCUGCACAAAACCAUACCGAAGUCUGUGGAAAAAACUGAGGAUGGCCGACUUUUGGUCAAAUAUGUCAAUACUGAGACACAAGAAGAAGGCAGCGAUGUUUACGAUACUGUUUUGUGGGCCAUUGGUCGCAAAGGUUUGGUGGAUGACCUUAACCUGGAUGCUGCAGGAAUUCAAGUUAAAGCUGACAAGAUUGCCGUAAAUGAAGCCGAACAAACAAAUGUACCCCAUAUUUAUGCUAUUGGUGACAUUAUCCAUGGUCGUCCGGAAUUGACACCUGUGGCUAUACACGCUGGUCGGUUAUUGGCACGUCGUUUGUUUGGUGGUUCUAAGCAAAUCAUGGACUAUACGGAUGUCGCUACUACAGUUUUCUCCCCCUUGGAAUACGCUUGUGUCGGUAUGGCCGAAGAGGAUGCUAUCAAAAAAUAUGGCGAAGAUAACAUUGAGGUAUUCCACGGCUUCUAUAAGCCCACUGAAUUCUUUAUCCCUCAAAAGAGCGUUCGCUACUGUUAUGUGAAGGCUGUUGCUGAACGUAGUGGAGAUCAAAAGGUAUUGGGUCUUCAUUAUGUUGGACCAGUCGCUGGAGAAGUUAUUCAAGGUUUCGCUGCCGCUGUCAAAUCUGGGCUCACCAUGAAAAUCCUCUUGAACACUGUGGGCAUUCAUCCCACAACCGCCGAAGAAUUUACUCGUCUUUCGAUUACAAAGCGAUCUGGUAUGGAUCCCACUCCCGCCUCUUGCUGCAGUUAAGCUGUUAAAUACUUGAUGGGUACUGCCUAAUUUAAAUAUGUUUAGAAACAAAAAGAAACUUAAAAAUCAUCAAAAAUGUUCACACCGGUGCGCACAAAACAUAAUGUAGCUUGGAAAUAGAUUUAUAUGGCGGAUUUUCCUUAUCGAAUGAAUCUAAUUUGGGGGCUUCAUUAAGUUUUGUGAAUACGGCCGUCAGUGUUUAUGUUAGUAGGAAAAUUUUCACCAAAUCAUCAUCCUUAUGAAGUUUGAUGAGAAAAAUUAGUUUUUGUCAUCAAAAUACUGGAGGUAGCUUUCGAAACCCACCAUCCCCAUUAGUUUGUAUUUAUUUCUUUCCCGAUUAUAUAAUGUGAGUUGCUGAUUGUCUUAGAUUUCUUCAUUAUUUUCAUGUUUUAUACGAAGCCAAGCUUAGUGUUUUUAAGCUUUCUUAGACUCACAAUAAAAAUAAACACCAAUAAAGUUGUAAUAACAUCACGGUUCAAUAAAAAGGAUAUGAUAUGUAAAAAAACCAA